GGUUUAAGGGCACGGGUUUCACGCUCUCUGAGCACUUUAUGUCCCAGAACAGCAGGAGAGGGUCUCUGUUUCUCCAUUGUUCCUGAAGAUACACCUGAAGAGGAGCACACAUCACAUCACUUCCACAGCGCGUCCAACGUUUUUUGAGGAAAAAUGGCACUUGCAGGACACCUGAAGAAAGAUGACAUUGCUGCUGCCAUCCAGGCUUGUCAAGCCCCAGGGACUUUCAACUACCAGACGUUCUUUGAACAUGUGGGCCUGAUAGGUAAAGCUGCUUCAGACGGGGAGAAGGUGUUCAAGGCCCUGGACCAGGACAAGAGCGGAUACAUUGAAAAAGAGGAGCUGAAACGCUUCCUCCAGAACUUCUGCCCGAAGGCCAGAGAGCUCACAGAGGUCGAGACCAACACUCUCCUGGCCGCUGGCGACGGUGACGGAGACGGCAAAAUCGGCAUGGAAGAAUUCUGCGCCUUGCUGAAAUGAAAAUGAAUGUCUUUGCUGACUUGAACUUCAUUUCAUGAUUCUCCCUUAUUAUUUGUAUGCAUUAGCCUAUCUGGGAUUGUUUUUUUAAUGUGAGUUGCUUAUUAAAAUAUGUUUAACAAGUCUUUGUAGUAAAUGUGCAAAAUUGGGAAUAUAUCAAAAUUUGCUUCUGUAACUACUGAUCUUGGAAUAUAUGAAACUGCUGAAUAAAAUGAAGUCUCCAAAUACAGGAAUUCUUUUAUCCAG